CAUAGUCGCCUCUUAAUUACCGCUGCUCAAAUCUCCAAGCAAAAAUAAUUACUUAUCACAUUCUACUCCGCUUUAAUCGCUAAUUCCAAUCUAGUAAUUUUCUAAUUAUUAACAAAAAUAAGUAAUUUUCAAUGAUUAUUUUCUCCACAUCUUGAUUGAAAAACCCUAGUUCCUGCAUUCACUGUUUCAUGUCAAAUUUUUGCAAUUUUCUGGAUUUUUUCGAAGAAAAUGAUGGAAUUGGUUGGUUGAUUAAGCCAAUCGUGUAAACAAAUUGAUGAGGGGAUUUCGUAGAAGUCCGAGGAUUUUUAUCCUCGGUUUGCUUGUUGUGUCUGUGUUCGUUCCGAUAUUUUUACUGUCUCACAGGUUGAAACAUAUUGGCUUUGAUUCCUCGAAGGGAUUUGUUGAAGAUUUAUCGAUCAUUAAAAACAGAAAAGAGGCUCAAACACUUAGAGCAAUGGAGCAGGAUGAAGGUGAAGGUUUGAAAGAACCAAUCCGGGUGGUUUACAAAGAUGAAGGCUUCAAAUCUGCAGUUAGUAUUAGUUCUAGGGAGGACAAUAGAUUUGGUGAAUUUGGAAAUACAGCAUAUGAUGUUAAGUUGUCGGCAAAAAAUGCAACUAAUGAUGAAGCAAGGGAAGAUGACGGAAGUAGUCUGCAGGAUGAAAAGUUGCAGAUAUCUGGGGAAAAGGAAGACUUACACGCAAACAUGGUUCGACAUGAUCAAACCGUAAAGUCUCUGUCACGGAAGGCAUUAGAUGAGAAGGUGAAAGAAAUGAAAGACCAAGUGGUGAGGGCAAAAGCUUACUUAAAUUUCUCACCAGCAGGUAGCAGCUCUCAUUUAGUAAAAGAGUUGAAGCUAAGAAUAAAAGAGGUUGAAAGAGCUAUGACCCAAUCCACCAGAGAUUCACAUGUGUCUAAGGGUUCUCUGCAGAAAAUGAAAGCUAUGGAGUCCACCUUGUUAAAAGCCAAUCGUAUUUACCCUGACUGCUCUGCCAUGGUGAAAAAACUUCGAGCAAUGACUUAUAACGCUGAAGAGCAGAUCCGAACGCAGAAGAAACAAGAAGCUUUUCUUAAAGAACUUGGUGGAAGAACUAUACCAAAAGGCUUUCACUGCCUCUCUAUGAGAUUGACUGCUGAAUAUUUCGCCGUAGAGACUGAGAAGCGGGAAUUCUCUAACAGACACAAAAUAAAUGAUCCAGAUCUUCAUCACUUUGCUGUUUUCUCUGACAACAUUUUAGCUUCUUCAGUUGUUGUGAACUCAACCAUAUCAACUGCUAGGCAUCCGGAGAGAAUAGUAUUUCAUAUAGUAACAGAUUCUCUCAACCUUCCAGCAAUGUCAAUGUGGUUCUUACUGAAUCCUCCUGGAAAAGCUACAAUCCAUAUUGAAAGCAUAGACAAUUUUGGACGGUUGUCUAUUAGAUAUAAUGCAACUCAGAAAGAAGGCUCUGUUGAUCCAAGAUAUACAUCUGCACUCAACCAUCUUCGUUUUUAUUUGCCCGAUGUUUUUCCCCUUCUGAAUAAGAUUGUGCUUCUUGACCAUGAUGUGGUAGUGCAAAGGGAUCUGGCACGACUUUGGAGCAUUGACAUGAAAGGCAAAGUCAAUGGUGCUGUCGAGACUUGCAAUGUAGGCGAGCCUUCAUUCCGUCGUAUGGACAUGUUUGUCAAUUUCACAGACCCCAUGGUAGCAGAGAAUUUUGAUGCCACAACAUGCACAUGGGCCUUUGGGAUGAAUGUGUUUGAUCUUCAAGCGUGGAGGAAACAUGAUUUAACUGGGCUCUAUCAUAGGUACCUGCAUUUGGGAAACACAAGGCCAUUGUGGAAAGCCGGUAGCUUGCCCAUCAGUUGGAUCACUUUCUACAAACAUACGGUACCUUUAGAUAAGAGAUGGCACGCCCUUGGGUUGGGUUAUGACUCGGGAGCGAGUCCAGACAACAUAGAGAAGGCAGCAGUGCUACAUUACGAUGGAAUCUUGAAACCAUGGUUGGAUAUCGGGCUUGAGAAGUACAAGCACUAUUGGAGGAAACAUGUCAAGUUCGAUCACCCGUUCAUGCAACAGUGCAAUAUCCACGAAUAGUUAGAUCCUCACACAAGAAGUUUCGACUCUGACAUAGGUUCCUCACAUGUUCAAUUGAUUCUUUCUCAUUCUUCCACAUUUUUAGUUGUAAGUUUCGACUCUAUAUUUCAUUUUUCCUUUGCCAAUCCGGCCAUAAGCGUUUAGAAGCCGAGUCCACAUCUGCAAUAAUAGAGGCCAAGAAUCGGCAAGUCUAGUCUGACAGUCCAAUACCAGGACAAUUUGUAAAUAAUAGUUAUUCUUUGAAGCGCUAAUGUCAAAUGCAUGUCUUCCAAUUUUCGAUCCA